AUGACGCGAGGGAAGCAGAAGAUCGACGCGCAGCGGCGUAACGCGGAGCGGAACCAGAAAUCCAAGGGGUCCCAGCUCGAGGCCCGCGCCGUCGGCCUCAAGGUCGUCUGCCCCAUCUGCAAGAUGUAUCUCCAAACUGUAUGUGAUCGCCAUGGAACUGGGAUGAUGCGAAAAAUUUAUGAUCAUAACCAUGUUCCAAUGUUUGUGGCUUUUUACAACAUGGUUUGUGCCAGUGCGUUCCCUACUCCGCCGGAUCCUAAUGGCCGUGCCCUGCUGUUUGAUCGGCGCCGUGCUUCAGUUGGUAUCUCCAAAUGA